AAUUGAUGGAGCCGAAGGACAGCUUUGGGGUGGACCGAAUCAAGAAAUCUCCAACUUUCCUUUUUGAGGCUCUUCUAAUUUUUCAUCCUCUUCUGUAAGCUGUUCACUGUUACAUUUUGCCAAUUGCCAAAAGUCAAAUAAGAAACGCCGGCCUUUUAUUCCUCUAACGCCGAGGAUCUGAGCUGGACACAUCUUCCCUGGUUGCCGGCUCUUGUUAAUUUCCUUAGAAUUUUUCCCUCUUUUCAUCAUUAGUUUUCCGGAGAGAGUGAACCAGAAAAGUGGAUAACGCGAAAUGGGUGAGGCUGGUAAGAAGAUGGUUUUUGUGACUGUUGGGACAACUUGUUUUGAUUCCUUGGUGAGAGCAGUAGACACGCUAGAGGUUAGAAAAGCAUUGUUUGAGAAGGGCUAUACCGAUCUUGUUAUUCAAAUGGGUCGAGGUUCCUAUAGUCCCACCAAGUCUACCGGAGGAGACGGGUCUGUUUCUGUGGAUUCCUUUACAUUUUCAUCAAGCAUAGCUGAUUAUUUGAAGUCGGCAUCUCUUGUAAUCAGUCAUGCAGGUUCAGGGAGCAUAUUCGAGACACUGCGGCUUAAGAAACCUCUUAUCGUUGUCGUUAAUGAGGAUUUAAUGGACAAUCAUCAAAGUGAGCUGGCUGAAGAAUUAGCUGAAAGAAAGCAUUUAUUUUGUGCUCGUCCACAGACACUCUACAUGACAGUUUCCUCAAUGGAUUUGGGUUCUCUUGUGGAUUAUGAACCUGGUGAUGCUACUCCUGUGGCUAAUUUUAUUAAUAGGUUUUUAGGUUUUGGUGAUGAGUGAGAAUAAGAUUAAAUUCUUCUUUCUCAUGAUAAAUGUCUGGUUUGAAGGGCUGCUCAGAACAUUUUGUACUUCACUGAAGACUAACUUCUCUGUCCACACUCAAUUGAAUCUCAUGUGAUUAUUGCGGUUGACAUUUCUAUUUUAAGCCAAGAGAUGCCAGAAGGAUUCCAAGUCAUGCUCACUCAAACACAUUUGGCACAACAACCAAAUACAAUUAAAAAAAAAGAUGCACCAAGUGAUAUUGUCAAAUAAAUUGGUUUGCUUGGUACAAAAACAUGGUUUUUCUCUUUCCUUUUUGUUUUUUUUCCCCUUAAUGAAUUAUGAUUUUGCUGUGCAAUAAGUAAUUUGAUUCUUCCCAGAACAAACUGUACUGUCUUGCCUGUACCUUUGAAACAUCAUAAUAUGAUUGGUUAGUAGCACAUGGCCAGCUAAUCUGCAAUAUGAAUAUAAAUUCAAUGGCCAUGAAAUAUUUUGGUCACCAAUGAGUGGAAGAAUUUAUUUGGUGGUCUUAUUCUUCUGGGGCAUCCUUAUGAUUGUUACUCCUAUUCUGGUUCAGAUGUCAGCCUCUGCAGAUCUUCACAAGAGGCUCCAUGGUAUGGAAUUCUAUUACAUCAAUAUUUAUAUAUAUGUUGAAAUUAAUUUUUAA